CCGUAAAUACCGUAAAGGGCAGUCCGUUGGUAACGAACUCUUCUCUGCAAAACUAUAAACAGAGGUCACGCUCCUCAUUCUUCUUCAUCACUUCCCCCAUUUCCACUUGCAAAAAGAAACGAAAUAAUGGCUUUCUUAGUGAAUGCUGUGAAAUUGUACUUCAAUAGGAAUUGGAGAAGACAAGACAUGAUGAGUUCAGCACCAAUUCCGGAGCACGCUCGCACAAGAUUGAACAGGGUGUAUCUUACUCUCUUCUGUGCCACAUCGGCCGCUGCUUAUGGAUCACACUUGGAAGCAGGGGGGCUGUUCACAGUCCUUUGUUCUGAAGCAAGUUUACUCUGGCUUUACUUCACACCACCAUGGAGAGUGUGGAAGAGGGUUUUGCUCUUGAUAGUUGCUGCCUUUUGCUUCGGUGCUUCUGUUGGCACUUCUACCAAGUGUUUCUUUGAAAUCGAUCAACUCGUUGUCGUUAGAUUUUUGCAAGGUGCAGCAAUUGUCUUUGGAUGUUUCUGGUUUGCAGCCCGGACAUGUAGGGAAAGGAGCCAAAUCUACACCACUGUCCUGAUUGAAACUUGUACUCUAAUGCUAAUGUUGUUUGACAUUACUCAGUGGAUGUUAAAGGUAUACGUUCUGCUGGCAUUGUUCAUGGGGUACCUUGUUCUAUAUAGCCAAGAGAUACUGUACGAUGCUCACUUUGGAGAAAUUGACUUUGUUAACUGCGCAUUCACUGUCUUCUUCUGUUUACCAGCUAUUAUGGUCCAUGCUGUAAGACUUUGCCUGGAUGCAAACAUUGAGCAACACGGACAGAAUUAAUACAGAUACACUUGGAACUAUAGAACAAUAGAAAGUAGAAUACAGAUGGGGAACAAUGAUGAACAAAUAUGCCUUUGUGAUGACUACAUUUUACGGAUUGAAUGAGGAAUUCAUAGUCUGAAGCCAAGUGGUUUGAAUAUUUCUUGGCAAAUACUGAUAUACUUUGUGAUUAAGAAAAUUUUGAAUAGAAUAUACUACUGCAUAA